AUGUCUGAUCCAUCCUCCAACGCUCCUCAGCGUACCGACCUGGUGCUCCCCGACGUAGAUGUAGCUCAGCUCAAGUCACUAUUCCCCAAGAAUAUGUUUGAUCAGAUGCAAGCCGACUACCAGCGCGAGCUAGAACCGUCUCAUGAUAGGAACAGACUCAUGCCUCUGUAUACAGAGAGACAGCGGCGAAUGCUGGAGGCGCUCAAGAAGGGAGGCAUCGAUGCUCUUGCGAAAACAAUAUACUUGUUCGCCGCCAUCGACCAUGCACGAUUGUCUCCUCCAGAUGACGCGACUACAUCACUCAGAGAGGAUCGUGGACGUGAUAACAUCGAUAGACCAGGUGUUCUUGAGAUGGCUCAGAAACUCAUCGACGAUGAAGAGGGAGAUAUGCAGCUGCUGAAGCUACUCCAUACCUCACACAAGGACGUCUUGGAAGCCAUUAUCCUAGGUCAUGUUGGCUUUAGAUGGAAGAACAACCCUGAAUAUCUCGCAUACAAGAUUCGUGGCCCAGUCCUCCCAGACUCAGCCGCAGGAGAAGUCCUCACAACCGCAAUUGAUAUGGAUAUGGCCACCAUUGACAGGAUGAAAGAUAGGGACGAGGUGGAAAAGAGGUGCAGAAGUGGUGAGAGGGUGCUCAGCUUUGCUCGAGUAGACAGAUGGAUCGAUAUGCUCAGUCAUCGCAUCGAUGACGAAUUAGAUCCCGUUGGAGAUGAUCGUCAGGUUCAAGCUCCAUUGUACGUGGGAUGCAGUCAGCACAUAGGUUCGCAACUUAUGUCCCAUGAUCCGCUUUUGGGCAUGGGCAGCUCAGCGGUCGGUCUGCGCUUUCUAUUCAGCUGCAUCAUGGCAAGUGGUAUAAAACUCGAAAUUAUCAGACUUCCGAUUUGGAAGAUUUGGGACUCAGCUCAGCUACCUAUCAAAAAAAUCGGUCUCACGUACCUCGCUGGAUCCAUGGUAUUUGAUGGUGGCAUUAAUAGCAUUGCCCCAGGUGGAACGUACAUGGACGAUGACCCUUUGAAGUUUGAGUUGACAACUUAUCAGAUCUUUGGUCAGAACGACUGGACAUAUCAGAAUCUGAAAGAAUCUAAGGAGCGCAGAAUUCGCAUGCACGAAGCACUAGACCUCUUUGAAGAGACUAGAGCCAACCCUAAUCUGAUCAAAGAUAAUCUCGAGGAUCUGUCGAAGGAGUUCAACCAAUUUAUCAACUACUGCGAAACCGUCAAGUUCGGACUCAGCAGUAAUGAACAAGCUAUGAGGAGACGGCUCAAGGAAAUGGAGGAGGAACGAGAUGAGCUCUUGGAAACUCUAGCAGAUCAGCAACUUCAGCUCAAGUUCCAUAAGGGGUUUAAUGAUACGCUUCGUGAGAACGGUUUUGGAGACCUAGUAUGA